GUACUAUGAGUGUUCAUCAUGUAAACGAAGUGCAUUUUGUUGUGUGUAUGUAUGCGAGUGUGCGUGUGUGCGUGUCUGGGGCGCAAAGAAAGUUGCUUCUUUUUUUAUUCGUGUUCUUUUCAACGUGACGUGUUAGGCCUAUGUACAUUAUUCGUCCCAGUCUUUAAGAUGAAGAAGGACGGACAGAGUGAGGUUACCGGUUCAUCCACUGAGCUCCGGGAACGCGACUGUUCGAGACGCGUCGCAAUGCAACUCCAAUGAACGCGCAAUAACAAGCGUAUUAACUACUUGCAAACUUCCAAAAUGCCUAUUGACGCAGUUUCACCUAUUUCGAUAUCACUCUCGGCAACAAGAUAAGUUUGGUGGUGAUCGAUGGUCGGUCUCGGAGCUGACUGCAGCUGUUCAACAGUAUUGUUUUUGUACAUACGUUUUGCAAUCAGCAGAAGUGAAAGUCCUGUGCCUUUUAAUGUGCGAAGUGGUACAAUUUAAUGAAGCGUAGUUGACGUGCUGCGUCGGUCCAGUAUUUUUUAUUUUUUACAGCUACGACAUUUAUAGUAGAACAAUAAGCCAUAAGCAAAGCAGGGGGACAAUGCUGAAGACGUUGACAAAGAAGCUUAGAAGACAUUCGCUCAAUGAGAUCCAUCCCUUCCAGCUAAAGAUUUCUUACCAUGGCAGUGGGGAAGGGUUUGAGAGUGAUGACUCAGAGGGGGAAAAUCAGGAACUUGCACAAAUCGACAGAGAGAGGCGUCGGAACUGCGGCCUCACCCCGUUGGCCACCAGCCAGCAGCACAACCAGGGGCCGCUCUCCCCGGCCCGUCUACGCAGGCUCCGCCUACUCCUGGACGCCAACCUGGACCGCCACUCGUCGGAGGAGGAGCUUGAGCGCAUCAGCCGAAUCGGCGAAGGCAGGAAGUGGGCGUCGGCCUUGCACCAGCGCCACGGCGACCGCCACAGCAGCGCCUCCAGCGACGAGGAGGUGAGGGACCUGUGCGGCGCGGCCGGCGGCGGCGGUGGAGGCGGCACCGGGGUCAUCGGCUGCGUGUCGCCCGUGAACCCGGCCAACCCUUCCAGGCCUCUGGUGGUGGUGGAGCAGCCUGGGGCUCGCCUGGCCGCCUCCCCCAGCCCGGUGCUCUUCAGCUCCAGCCCCCCGCACAGCCUCAAGCCGCCCCCGCUGAGGUUCCAGCUGCAGGUGGUGCAGCCGGUGGCACGGCCCAUCCUCCUGACCCACUUUGACCCGUCGGCCGCCCCGUACCGCAGGAACCGCCACGGCCAUGCCGGGGAGCCGCGCCGGCCCAGUCUGGACCUGGAGAAGAUGCAACAGAAAAUGCUGCUGAAAAAGAACUGUGGCGGGAAAACUCGAUCUAUAAAGAUCCGGAGCCUGGCCGCUGGCCGGCCCCCCGGCCCCCAGGUACACGGGCCCCUACGACCCCUCCGUCUUUGCGUUCCGUUCGCUGAGCACCGCCCCCCCCUGCAGUCCGCUGAUGCCGUCCGAGGAGCCCCUGUCGGCGCCCUGAUCGAAUCCCGCCGUUGACAGUGUCUCCCAGUGUCGUCCCCCCCCCCCACACACCCCUUCUCUUGCCCACCCAUUCCAAGACCCUCUCUCAAAGGACCAAAGGCGAAGGAGGAUGUUCGACACAGAGCGAAGCUGGAGGGAGACACGACCCCAUAGUGACAAUGUUUGUUUUUGCACACUCAGGUUCCCCCCCCCCCCCCCCCCCCCCCUCCUCCCUCUCUCUCGCUCUGUCAUGCUGUCGUCCUCGUCCACCCGUGUUCACUAUGAGGGGAAAUACCCAGGAACAUUUUCCAGGAGGAGGAGACGUUGGACUGGAGUUUGACGUCAGGCCUGUGUGGGUCUGCAGAGGUACUUCAGGUUGUCCACUCAGUCCCCCAGCGUGGGUGGAACUGUGAAACGUGGACCAGAGACCGUACAGACGGUGUCCCUUCUUGGUCUUAAGGGGCGGAGUAAGUCGCGUUUCGACGUCAGGUCUUUUAGGGAAGCGCAUGCGAGACAAUCGGAGCGGUUUAAUGUGCUUCGACCUUUGAGGGUUCUUGGUUCUCUUGCUAUCUGCUACAAAACGUCCACCUAAUUAUUGUUCUGGUUAAACUUAACACACACACGCACCCCUUGCGUAAUGUAGUUGGGACACGGCCUACAGUGUGUCUUUAUUUGGUGUACUAUAUCAAAGCGCAGGACACCGGCUGGCUAUAGCAGACUCUACAACGAUAGUAGUGAAGUAGUGAUUCUCUUUGACCUUGUACCACAAUGUACCCCUCAUUACUGACUUUUAGUGCGAAGGGGUAAAAAAGUACUUGUUUCCCGCUCUACCUGCAUGAAUGCAACUGUUUUUGCAGACGCCAGGGAGGUCUGACUCAAAAAGUAUGGAAAUUGUUUGCUGUGCAAAAAUCAGGCGAGUCAAACUGGUGCUUUCUAGGCUACAGUGUAGUGUGUGCCAUGUUGUGUCCUCUGUAUAGAUGAAGGCCACCACCACGGUAAAGAUGACACAUUAAUGGAUGUUUUCUUCUUCUCUUUCAAACCCCUUAAUGCCUUGAAAUGGACAUUCCUGCUGUGUUGGAUGUAAUAUUAGGCACUUAAAGUUCAAUAGUAGUAAUGGCGUGGUGGGAGUAGACACACUGGGCAAGCGGUCUUGCUCGACAUCGCCGCUAGGUCCUAUGAAUGUGUCUCAUUGUUGGCUAUGCUAAUCAAACACAAUGCCGCCACUGUAAUUGUGGUUCGCUGGAGUGAAUGUAACAUCGUGACAUGUUCCCCCUGCUGCAUACAAAUGAACUAAUAAAUGCCCUCUGGCCUCUUGUUUAUGAAGUACUUGUCAUUUGUGGGACAGUCAAUGCACCGUUCACACCCCUUAUUUUCAAUGCAUCAUAACUUGGGCGUCUGUUUGACAUGUCUUCCGGGAUUUGGUUUUAUAGAUAGAUAGAAAACCUGUCACUCAUCGCUUAGUUAAGCCACACAUUCACACUCUCUCCACCUUUGGCAAUGAAAACAUUGUAUACCACCAACAAUUGAGUCAUUCGAAUGAUAGAAGUGAUGUUGUGUAGUCACAAAGCAGGUGCUAAACAUUCUGGGAAGCAGUACAGAAAAAGGAGGCCCACUCCAUGUCCUGAAAAACAUCAAGACAUCUCCUGACUUGAGGGGGCUGAGAAAUGUUGGAAGGAAAGUACAGAGUGGUAUGCUAUCGCGCUAUGCUACAUAGGACAUCACGGAAAUACAUUUCUUCAACCAUAACACAAAAGGAAUGACAUUUUGUGUAUAUUUUCAGGUUACUAUCCCAAGCCAAAUCAAAUCUUAUUGCUGGUGCUGUAUGUAAAAUGACCUCAAGUUGUCUUAUCAUAACAAGAACAAGAUGUGCACUGUGGAUUGAGUCUAGAAGGUGAAGGGUUUGUUUAAAAAAGUAUAGUACCUGUUUGUUUACAGUCGGGGAGCUUUGUUGAUGAAACAUACCCGGAACAUUAACAAAGGUAAGCCUUCUGGUUUAAUCAUGGCAACAAAGACCCUUAGGAGUAAACUAGAAGCAUCACAUAAAACUAAUCUGAAACAAGUUUUUUUUGUCACGCACUUCUCUAACAAAACAUCGUUAUAUGCAACACAUGGCAGUUUUUUUGGGGGGGGGGGGGGGCUUUUGAGGUUUGGUUAAACAAGGACAACAGUUGAUUUAGUUGCAUCAAGAUGUUAUCUCCCUACUCAGAAACCAACCCGGGAAGCUUCCUGGAGUGCUAAAUAUGGAACCCUGUGCUUGAUAGCCUUGUUUAUGAGGAGGAUGACGGCUGACUUGUUUAUAACGCAACAAAUCUAUCCCGUUACGUAGUGUGCGUGUCUCUUUCAUAACGUAUGUGUGCAGGCAGCAUGGUGUGACACAUUGUGUGACCUCGUAAUUAGUAGAACUAUGAGGUAAAACAACCAACCGGGCAGAGCCCAUAUUAAUCCAUGAUUGGAUUACUAUUAGUGAAUUCUUGCUUGAAAUGUAAAACUAAGAACAAUUUUGAGAGCUGUACAAGUGGACAAGGAGAGGGACUGAAAGUGAAGGAGGAGGUAGAGAAGGUCAGAGGAGGUCAAAAAUGGUUACACAAAUCCCAGAGUAGGUCUGAGAGGCAAGCAGAAAGAAUAAAACAAAAAGACACUGAUGCAAAGCAGAGGUUCCAACUCGAUUGAAAACAGGCGUCAACAGGAAGCACUGAAAAUGAACCUCACAAACAAAAUCAAGAAACCUGGUUCAACACAUAAUUACACAGACAUUUAUUAAACAGGUUACAAAAUACAAAAGCUAUUUUCAUGGUUUCACAAUGGUUUAAAUUCAGAGGCAGGCUGCGACGUGGUUGGAGAAAAUACAACAAAAGAAAGCUGUGGAAAGAGAAUGGUUGUGUGUAUAGAUUUGGCCUUAAGACAGCAUACCACACAAACACACACAAGGUUGAGUCACAGUUACAGACAAUCCUGUCAAAAGAAGUACUCCGUACAGAGAUGGGCAGAGUGUGUGUGUGUGUGGUGUGUGUGUGUGUGUGUGUGUGUGUGUGUGUGUGUGUGUAUACACUCAUACACACACGCAUAGAAUAAACUACACUUAGCUUGACUCAUUAUCAGCUUGCGUUUCAUCCAGUAAGCUAUCCAAGUGUCCAGAUGGUCAGAAAAGCUGCUUCAAUGCUCACUUAUCUACCACCGCACCCCCCCUUCUGUCUCUCUUUUAUGCACUCGCCUUAAAAAAAAAAAAAAAGGGUCAUGCCAAAACCUCUAGAGCAGCCAAGUAGGGGUUUGGGUCCAGAUUGGAUGUCAGGUGGAUUAAGCUGAAAUGGGUGCGGCUGAGAGCCUCUUUAAUCUGAACAGAGAUCAAUCGGUACGAUGGGACUGCCUGCUUCUUGGAUGACAUACAACAGGCUAGUGUGGUUAUAUAGAUCAUGGCAAACGAGCGCCGUACCCAUAUAGAUAGAGGAAGGUUCUUUAUGGCCCUCCGUUUGCCCUCUAUAGGGCACUAUACAGUAUAGGGGAAGCAUGUUUGCCUAACCACACCAAGCGGUAGUGAUAUACAUCAAGAGUGGCCAGGGGUUAUUU